AUGACAUAUCUCUUAAGAAGUGUUGUCACCAUCAUUGAUAUAUUUUACCAAUACACCAAGCAAGAUGAAGAAUGUGGUACACUGAGCAAGGAUGAGCUAAAGGAACUGCUAGAGAAGGAGUUCCGGCCAAUUCUGAAGAAUCCAGAUGAUCCAGACACAGUAGAUGUCAUCAUGCAUAUGCUGGAUCGAGAUCAUGACCGAAGACUAGACUUUACUGAGUUUAUUCUGAUGGUAUUCAAACUGGCUCUGGCCUGCAACAAGGUUCUUGGAAAAGAAUACUGUAAAGCUUCAGGGUCAAAGAAGCAUAGGCAUGGCCACCAACACCGAGAGGAAGAAAGUGAAACAGAAGAGGAAGAGGAGACACCAAGACAGAAAUCAGGUUUCAGAUAUUCAAGUUGGAGUGAGGGAGAGGAGCAUGGACAUAGUUCUGGGGGCUCAUGGGGACCUAGAAAACAUAGACGUGGGUCCAAUUCUAGGAGGUUGGAUUGGCAAGAUGAAUUAUCCAGCUCAAAGGAAUCAAGGAAAAAGCACCAUGGGUCUAUCUUUAGCCACUCUUGGAGUAGUAACAAAGAGAAACAUGGUUCCAAAUCUGAAGAGCUAGGAGAAAAAAGAGACAAGUCACAUGGUAGCCCCUCUAGAGACCCUGGGGAAGAGUAUGAGUCUGGAUCUAGGUUAAACCAUCAGGGAAGGAAAGGCCAUAGUGGAUUGUCACAUGGAUUGGAGAAGAACAAACAUGAAUCAAAUUAUACUCAGUCAAGAAAAGGUGAAGAACAAAAGCUUGGAUAUAGUUCUGCAAGUUCAGGAAACAGUAAGACAGAAAGUCAUAUAUGUGGUUUCAGCAAUUCUAGUGGAUGUUGCAGACCACAAAAUGCUUCAAGUUCUUGUCAGGAAAGUAGGUCAAGGGGACAAGGAAAUCAGUCUUGCUGUACCCAGUCAAAUUGUCAAUCAGGAACCAGUGGAGGACAAGGAUAUGGAUGUGUCUCAGAAGGUCAGUCCUCUAGAUGUUAUCAACCUAAACCCAGGUCCUGUAGCCAGUCUUCUAGUCAGAGAGGGUAUGGAUCUAAACAAUGUGGUCAACCACAGAACUGUGGAAGGCAACAGAGAAUGGGUUCAAGUCACUCUUCUUGCUGUGGACAAUAUGGGUCUGGAGCAACUCAAUCUUCUGGUUGUGGUCAACAGGAAACAAGUUCCUGUGGAUAUUCUUCAAGCUCUCAUCAAAAGGGGUGUAGUUCAAAUGAAUUUUCCAAAGGUGGUCGGCGUGGGUCUGGUUUAGGGCACUCAUCCUGCUGUGAACAACAUGGAACAAACUCAACUCAGUCCUCUGGCUGUAAACAACAUGGACACGAAUCAGGUCAGUCAUGCUGUGGCCAUCAUGGUACUACAUCAGGUCAAUCUUCAGGUUAUAAUCAACAUGGGGUUGGCUCAGGUCAAUCAUGUCACUUUGGGCAGCAUGGGUCCAGUUCUGGUCAGUCAUCUAGUUCUGGUCAUCAUGGAUCUGGCUCAGGUCAGUCAUCUAGUCCUAGGCAUCACAGGUCAGGCUCAGGUCAGUCAUCUGGCCUUGGGGAGCAUGGGUCUGGUUCUCAUCAGUCACCUAGUUCUGAGUAUCAUGGAUCAGGCUCAGGUCAGUCAUCUAGGUCUGAACAGCAUGGUGCUGGCUCAGGUCACUCAUCUGGCUUUGGGGAACAUGAGUCCAGUUCUGGUCACUCACCUAGCUCUGGCCAACACAGUUCAGGCUCAGGUCAGUCAUCUGGCUUUGGGCAGCAUGAAUCCAGUUCUGGUCACUCACCUAGCUCUGGCCAACAUGGGUCAGGGUCAGGUCAGUCAUCUGGAUUUGGGCAGCAUGGGUCUGGUUCUGGUCAGUUAUCUAGUUCUGGACAUCAUGGAUCUGGAUCUUGGCAGCAUGGGGCUGGCUCAGGUCAGUCAUCUGGGUUUGGGCAGCAUGGAUCUGGUUCUGGUCACUCACCUAGCUCUGGCCAACAUGGGUCAGGGUCAGGUCAGUCAUCUAGAUUUGGGCAGCAUGGGUCUGGUUCUGGUCAGUUAUCUAGUUCUGGACAUCAUGGAUCUGGAUCUUGGCAGCAUGGGACUAGCUCAGGUCAGUCAUCUGGAUUUGGGGAAAAUGAGUCUGCACCUAGUCAUUCUUCUAGCUCUUGGCAGCAUGGGGCUGGCUCAGGUCAGUCAUCUGGCUUUGGGCAGCAUGGGUCUGGUCACUCACCUAGCUCUGGACAACACAGGUCAGGCUCAGGUCAGUCAUCUGGCUUUGGGCAGCAUGAAUCUGGUUCAGGUUACUCACCUAGCUCCAGCCAACACAGGUCAGGCUCAGGUCAGUCAUCUGGCUUUGGACAGCAUGAGUCUGGUUCUGGUCAGUUAUCUAGUUCUGGACAUCAUGGAUCUGGAUCUUGGCAGCAUGGGACUAGCUCAAGUCAGUCAUCUGGAUUUGGGCAGCAUGUGUCUGGUCACUCACCUAGCUCUGGCCAACACAGGUCAGGCUCAGCUCCAGCCAACACAGGUCAGGCUCAGGUCAGUCAUAUGGCUUUGGACAGCAUGAGUCUGGUUCUGGUCAGUUAUCUAGUUCUGGACAUCAUGGAUCUGGAUCUUGGCAGCAUGGGACUAGCUCAGGUCAGUCAUCUGGAUUUGGGGAAAAUGAGUCUGCACCUAGUCAUUCUUCUAGCUCUUGGCAGCAUAGGGCUGGCUCAGGUGAGUCAUCUGGAUUUGGGCAGUAUGGGUCUGGUUCUGGUCACUCACCUAGCUCUGGCGAACACAGGUCAGGCUCAGGUCAGUUAUCUGGAUUUGGGCAGCAUGGGUCUGGUUAUGGUUACUCACCUAGCUCUGGCCAACACAGUUCAAGGACAGGUGAGUUAUCGGGCUUUGAACAGUAUGAGUCUGGUUCUGGUCAGUCACCUAGUUCUGGAGACCAUGGAUCUGGACCGUCAAAGUAUGGGGUUGGAUCAGGUCACUCAUCUGGAUUUGGGAAAAAUGAGUCUGGAACUGGUCAUUCUUCUAGGUCUUGGCAACAGGGGACUGGUUCAGCCCAGUCAUCAGGCAUUGGACAGCAAGAGCAGUGUUCAGGUCAUGUACCUACAUCUCAGCAACAUGAGCUCUCACAUUCAGUGUCUGAUAGAACAGCAGGAAGGUCACAAGUGCACCCUGAGUCCAGUGAGGUCAAGCCAAGAACAGCCUUCACCAUCAGGUUCUGGUAGACAUCAAAGAUCACCAGUGCACCCUGAGUCCAGUGAGGGUGAGGAACACUCAGUAGUCGCACAGAGACAUUCUGGAUCCAGUCAAAGACAUGGCAGACAUCAAGAGACAGGAUCUGUUCAGGAGCCACAUGGCUCACCUCAAGGCCCAUUUCAGGAUAGCAGUAGACAGCCUCAGUCAAGCCAAGAACAACCUUCACAAUCAGGUUCUCGUAGAAACCAAAGGAGAUCACAAGUGCACCCUGAGUCCAGUGAGGGUGAGGAACACUCAGUAGUCUCACACAGACAUUCUGAGUCCAGUCACAGUCCUGCUGGGCAUCAACAUGGAGAGUCAGUUAUAGGGCAACGUAGAACACCUCAAGGACCGUUUCAGGACAGCAGUAGACAGCCUCAGUCAAGCCAAGAACAGCCUUCACCAUCAGGUUCUGGUAGACAUCCAAGGUCACCAGUCCACCCUGAGUCCGCUAAGCGUGAAGAACAUUCAAUAGUCUCACACAGACAUUCUGAAUCCAGUCAGAGGCAUUCUGGACAUCAACAUAGAGAGUCUGUUCAUGGGGAACAUGGCUCACCUCAUGUUCCUCUUCAUGUGUCACAUAGUACUCAUUGGCAUCCAAGACACGGCCUUUGUAAACAAUCAAGUAGAAUACCUUGCCAGUCUGGAUAUAAGCAUUUUCGGUCUCCUUUCAGUGGAAACCAAUAUGAUUCCAAUCAACACUGGAUACAUGGCAGCUAUGGCAGUGAAGACUAUGACUAUGGGCAGUCAGGGUAUGGACCCUCUGCGGGCAGGAAAGCUAUCACACUGAAUUCUAUUCCUUUGAAGUCAACAUAUAGAGCCACAUAUAUGCAAGUCUCAAGAUGUGGACAGUCUUUCUCUUCUGAUCAUAUAGGAUCCAAAUUAAAUGAAGGAGUUGUUGAAGUUUUUAAAUACAGAGAGUCACAAACAUGUCCUACUCAGUAAGUUGAUUAUUACCAUCUUGAGUCCAGUACUCCUAGAGAUCAUGGGUGAAGUCAUGGCUGUUCUUUGGUAAUACCUGAACUUUCAAGUUACAUUGAUUUUAAAUACGAGUACAGUAAUAAAGGAAAACAACAAAUUACUCAAAGGCAGCCUUUCCAGACUGGUUUUGACCAUGGGCAAUACAUAUUAUUUCAGAAUCAUUCAGAAUCCUAUUCACUUGGUAAUCAAUCCGGAGUCAGCCGUAAUGAAAGGCAAGUAUAUAGCCAUAACAAAUCAAUUGAUAGCUACCAGCUGUCAAGUGACAGCAACAGUGAAAAAGUAUCUUCUUCCAAUAACUCUUCUCCCAGACUAUACUGGACUGAAACUGAAGAGUGUAUAUAUUUACAAAGUACCACCAUAUUGGGUGUGGGAAGACAAGGACAGGAGCCAGGAUCUAACCAAUCAAGGACCAUCAGAAAACAUAAUCGAUUAAAUGACAAGAAGAGAUGAACCAGAGGUAACCAUGAAAUUGGGGAAAUGAACUCAGGUUCUACCUACUUAGAUAGCAACACUCCACUAUAUACAUAUGGCCAUGAACAGAAAUCCUAUUACUUUGAAUGA